AUGCAGCCCGCGUCCGGAUCGCAGCGAAGCUACGCGCAACGGCGCUCCCCCGGCGCCGACCCUGGCCCGCCGCCCAACGUGCGGCCCAACUCGCCCGGCACCGCCAUGCAGCCACGCUCCUCCACGGCUUCGUCGAGAUCCGCCCAGAGCAGCAGCGGCUCGAGGCGGACGACCCGCGAUGUGAGCAGCCCUGCCCUCCUGAUGGCCGCGCGCGCCCCUUCUGGCUGGCGCCGCGCCCUCGACCUGCGCCGCCGAAAGAAGCACAAGACUAACCUCAACCUGCUCCGAAUCGUACAGGGCUCCGGUGGCAGCAGCUCCAGCUCGAGCAUGCCCUUGUCCCAGAUUGAGAAGAGCGUCACCCAUCUGCUCGUCGCGACGAAGCAGCUCCUGGAGACGCUGACGCAGUGGUCGCGUGGCCAGGCUACUGACUCCCAGGUGUCCGACGUGUACGUUCGACUAGGUUACGAGUUCAACAUGGCGUGCCGCGCCUUCACCGCCAUCAACGUCGAUACCUCCGAUCUGGGCAACGUCCCCGAUCUGCUCAGACACAUCCUCGAGGCCACGUUGAGCCAGGAAGCGAGCGCCGAGAGUCUGGAAAAAUACCUGCCGAGGAUACGAGACAUAAUCAUCAACCUGCUGCACGGGUUGAAGCGCAAGCAGCAGAGGCUGCGGCAGAAGCAGCAGGGCAAGGACCGCGACGGCAAUCCCUUACCGGAGCGGACGACGAGCGUAAGCACGGUAGGCAGCGGGACCAGCGGUCUCACGAACCUGUUGGAAGAGGGUCUGGAGAACGGCUACCGACCGGAUUCGCAGCGCGGCGAGCGUCCCCAGCCAACAGCCAUCAAUACGUCGCCCAGUCGUCGCUUCAACGCCCAGAGAGACCAGUCCCGCGGCUCCCUCGCCUCCGAGCAAUCGUCGCUCUCCAGCACCACGAUGCAAAACAUCCCCGUCCUGCCGCCGUACCCGCCCGAAGAGUCUACAAUGCCGUCAGCGUCCUCGAUGGGCGACCUCAGCGCGUUUCCUCCGCCGCCGCCGCCGCCCCCCGACAGCCAGUCGAGCGCCCUGGCCGCACUGCAAAAGGGAGGCGACCUCGAGCGCCGCGCCUCGCGACGAUACUCUCAAUACCAAAUAUCGAAGCAUCUCGGCGGCGUCAACGGGGUGCCCAUGCUGCCUCCGCAGACCACGCCGAUACCGAACAGAGGACAAAAGGAGGCGCGAGAGUCGCUGCGUGCCGUGCAGUCCCGCGAGUCUGUCCGCCACAGCCGAGCCCUUUCGACGCAUUCGAGAAACACUGGCCUCGACUCGUCCCCAGCCAGAAUCCCGAGCCGCGUGUCUGAGGAACCCCCGACACCAGUGGCGGAGCCAUCCAAGGCAUUGCCAGAAAGCCCGGCGGUACGAAGUCCCGAUGAGAAGUACGCCCCGAGCGCCACUGUCAGCGGCCCGCUGCCGGACCCGUCAUCGUUUGCAUCCGAGACGAAACGAGGGGACGAUGAGCCGUCAAAGAAGGAGCAGAUCAAGUCAGAGGAUGUGCCAAGCGUCUCCCAGCCACCCGAGCCGAAGCACAACGAAUCGUUCUUUCAGGUGUCGCCACCGCCUACGCCGACAAAGGACCUCACGCUGUUCCUGCAGUACAAGUCCAAGGUCAAGAAGAUUGUGCUUCCUGAAGGACGUGAUGAGCUCUCGAUAGGGCGGCUCCAGCUUGCCUUCAUCGAGAAGUUCUCUUGGAACACGCAGCAGAACGGCGCAGACCUCCCCGAGAUAUACAUACAGGACCCUGUCUCUGGCGUGCGCCACGAGCUCGAGGACUUGUCAGACGUCAAGGACCGGACCGUCCUGGUGCUGAACGUGGAGGCCCUCGACGAGGUCAAGAGACACAUUGACGACGGCAUGUCUGCGCUGACCAAGAUUGUCCGCGAAAUGAAGCAGCACGUGGACGAUCAAGGCGUCACUCUCCAAAGAGUCUCCGACCGGCAACGAGAGACUGCAACCGAGUUGGCUCGACUGGCUACGGCGCCCCCGGCGACGCCGGUCGUGGACGGCUCGAAGCCGGUCAUGGGUACUGGCAAGAAACUCGGCGCGGGACAGCUUGGGGAGCUGCGUAGUCUGCGUCGCGACCUUGCCGUCAUGCGGCAGACAUACUCUACUUUCCAGACCGAAGUCGAAAACUCCAUGUCCGCAAUUCGCAGCAAGGCUGCCAACGUCAAGACGGCAGCCACCAAGGCAGCGAUCCCGGAUAUUGAGGGUGAUGCCGGGUACUCCUAUGUCACCAGCGGACGAAAGCAACUUAACGCAGAUUCAGACCGACUCGUCGCCAAGGUCGACGAUCUUCAGGACCUCGUGGAAGAUUUGCGCAAGGAUGUCGUGCACCGCGGUGUGCGUCCCCUGCCGCGGCAGCUCGAGGGCGUGGCCAAGGACAUUGCCGGCCUCAGCAAGGAGCUCAAGAGGAUGGAUGAGUACAUGACGCAGGAGAAGCCGAUCUGGACCAAGAUCUGGGAGAAGGAGCUUGAGGAUGUGUGCCAGGGCCGUGACGAGCUCCGCCUUAUGGAGGACCUGCUCGUGGACCUGCGCGACGACUUGGAGAAGGCCAAUGAGACCUUUACGCUCGUGGAGCAGGCGACCAAGGAACAGAUGAAGGACAACGGAACCGGCCAGAGUGCUGGUUCUGCCCGCCAAUUCUCCAAAGGCCUGAACAACCUCGGCAACAGCCUUGACCAGAACGCCGCCAAGGAGGAUGUGCUCGGCGAAGUCAGAGCACUGCAGCCCAACCACGAGGACAGGCUGGAGGCCAUCGAACGAGCGGAGAAGCUGCGGCAAAAGGAGCUCGAGGGCCGCCGGGGCAACGCCCUGCAGAGGGAGAUUGCCAACUUUGUCGAGGAGGGCAAGCUGAAGAAGUCUGGCGGCUUCGAGGAGGUCGAGCGCGCCAGGAAGGCCAAGGACGACAGGAUACGACGAGAGGUGUGGGAGCGCCAGAACGGCAUGAUCCCCGAGAACCCGAUUGGCGAGGACGAGGCGGCGUUUGAGGACGCGCCUGAGGAGGCACCGGAGACGGACGAAGCGACUAUCCCGGACGAAGUACCGACGGAGGCGGCUUGA